UCUCCAGCCAAAAACAUUUCGCUUCUUCCACCCACUCUUGAAUCAUUCGCCUUUCCUUCCUGCCCCUACCGAUGACCUUUUCCUAAACCAACGCCCUGCUUGCUCUCCCCUUGCCAUGGACGGGACAAACGCCGCGGCCGCUGCCCCGCCGCCGGUACCCAUGGCGGCGCCCGUCGUCCCGGUCGAUCUGACGGUCGUCAAGAAGCUCCUCGGGGGCGGCGGCGACCUGGCGGUCCACGACGCGUCUGGCGGUCUCGCCUUUCGUGUCACGGCGGCGGACGGUUGUGGCAGGAGGUGCGGAGGCAGGGCGCUCCUCGACGCCUCCGGGAGCACUCUGGUCACUGCCAGGACCAGCGAGGGUGCGUGGCAGGCAUUCAGAGGAAUUAGUUGGGAACAGACAGACAUAAUUUUUUCAACAAAGGUAAUUUGUGCUUCUUCAGAUCGAAAGGAGGUACAUGUCUUUGUCCCGCCGAGAAGCACAUCUGAGGAGCAAAAACCAAGCUACAUACUCGUAGGAAAUCCAUCUCGAAGAGCAUGCACGAUUAUAAGGGGAAACUCCAUUGUUGCUCAGACAAAUCUCCCGUACAAACUCAAUAAGGCCGUCUAUUCAAGGCGGAAGUUUAGAGUGACGAUUUACCCAGGAAACGAUAACAUUCUGAUCAUGGCAAUGGUUAUGACCUUCCUUGUUCAAAAAUAACAUAGGUGAUGAGUACUCAGACAUUGCUUUCAGAAAGCUGAGAGGAUGAUUUAGUUCAUUCUUCUCUCACUGACCAAUGCACUUACUGGACGAAAAAAGGAUUCUCGAACAUGCACCCAAAUGCGUGUCGUUUUUCUUACUGGACAGGCUGAUAUGUUGUAAAUAUUUUGUUGUUGUCCAGUUUCGUUUUUUUUUUUUUGGCUAGAUAACUACGUACAUCCAAAUUUUACAUGUUCAUGCCCUAAAUAUUUUUCUCGCAUUCAUUGGCAUCAAGGGAUGGAUAGGACAUGGUACUAUGAAACCCAGCAUUAUCUUCUGAUCAAGACAGCAGUAUGUGUUGCAUAAUUGUGGCUAUAAUCCGGAUUACCGAACAGAUGUUUGUUCUAGUUGUUACGGAGGGCAUGGAAAAUCAUACCAGAACUCAGCCCUUGUACUGAGCUAGUGAAUUUUCCCCUCAAAAGGAAGAAAAUAGCUAGUGAAUUUUCUUUUCUUAUUAGACAAUGAAUGAACUAUUGAAUUUCCUGCGCAGGUUCCUAAUGAAGGAGACGCCUUCAGUAGAAAGGCCUUAAGCCCUUAAGCACCCACACGAGAAACAGUGUUCCAUUAGAAUGAUACAUUCUCUCUGAAAACUUCUGAGAACUUGAGUAAGGUGUUCAGUGAAA